UGUCACUUGGUCAGCUGAUUGCGGGUCGUAAAGCUUGCUAGCCAGCUUAUUUAGCUUAGCCUAGCUGGGUGUUUGUUUUUGUUAACGUUACCACGCCAGUCGCAUUUAACGCAGCCCAAAACUUUUUAAGAAAUUCUAAACAAUUCAACGAUUUUUUUUUUUUUAAAUAAACGAUUCCGCAGUUUUGCGGCUCGAAGUUGCCGUUAGUGAGGCGGUGAUUGUUGUGGCAGGGAGGGACGGGUGAAGUUGCUCACCGUUAAUCUGCAUUGCAGCCCGGUGCUGCUGAUGGAAUUCAAACACACAACAAUGGCGACUCCCAGUCCUAACAACUCAACAACACCCAGCAGCCACAACAGCAGCAAUAACGCCGGAUCUGCAGCUAACCACCACCACCAGUCCCAGUCUCAGCACAUUACUACAAUGAGCAGCAUGCAGGAGACCAACACCUGCUGGAGAUGUCAGAGUGAAACAGGGUUUCAGAUAAACCUGUCUGGAGCUCCCCCAAGUAAACGCAAAGCCCUGAAGCUGAACUUUGCCAACCCUCCGAUCAAACCCACGGCCAGAUUCACACUGAACACGGCGGGGCCGCCCUUUCAGAACCCGCACAUAGAGAGGCUGAGAACGCACAGCAUCGAGUCAUCAGGAAAGUUGAAGAUCUCCGCGGAGCAGCACUGGGACUUCACGGCCGAGGAUCUCAAAGAUUUGGGCGAGAUCGGCCGCGGGGCUUACGGCUCCGUCAACAAGAUGGUGCACAAGCCGAGUAACCAGAUCAUGGCGGUCAAGAGAAUUCGGUCAACAGUUGAUGAGAAGGAGCAGAAGCAGCUGCUGAUGGACUUGGACGUGGUCGUGAGAAGUAGUGAUUGUCCUUACAUCGUGCAGUUUUAUGGUGCUCUGUUCAGAGAGGGUGACUGUUGGAUUUGUAUGGAACUUAUGGCUACCUCGUUAGACAAAUUUUACAAGUUUGUAUAUUGCUCAUUAGACGACGUGAUUCCAGAGGAAAUAUUAGGAAAAAUAACACUAGCUACUGUGAAGGCACUUAACCACUUAAAAGAAAACUUGAAAAUAAUACACAGAGACAUCAAGCCGUCAAACAUCCUCCUGGACAGGAACGGCAACAUAAAGCUGUGUGACUUUGGCAUCAGUGGUCAGCUGGUGGACUCCAUCGCCAAAACCAGAGAUGCAGGCUGCAGACCAUACAUGGCACCUGAGCGAAUAGACCCCAGCGCAUCCAGGCAGGGCUACGAUGUCCGCUCAGAUGUUUGGAGUUUGGGAAUCACACUGUAUGAACUGGCCACAGGGCGGUUUCCCUACCCGAAGUGGAACAGUGUGUUUGACCAGUUGACCCAGGUGGUGAGGGGAGACCCGCCACAACUCAGCAACUCAGAUGAGAGGCGCUUCUCUCCCAAAUUCAUCUCCUUUGUUAACGUGUGCCUUACAAAGGAUGAGUCGAAGAGGCCAAAGUACAAGGAGCUACUGAAAGACCCGUUCAUCCAGAUGUACGAGGAGCGCUCCGUCGAUGUAGCUGGUUAUGUUUGCAGGCUCCUGGAUCAGAUGCCAGCGUCUCCCAGCUCACCCAUGUAUAUGGACUGAUACAAGACAGAAAUGCACCAAUAAAUAUACACCAGUCUGCAACAAUAAAUACAUUUAAAAAAGAGUCAUCAAGGUAAACAAAAUAAAUCCUCUUGUAAAUUUGCUUGGUCCCCAUAUUGCAGUGUUAAGAGAAUUGUAAAAAAAAAAAAAAAAAAAAAGAAUAAAAGAACACCAUUUGCAAUAAAAGUGGUGUUCAUUUCAGUCAUGUCUGUAUAAUAUAUCAGCACUUCUGUUUCUCUCGUUCACAAACACACACACAGUCACACAGUCACGUAAGUAUACUAGCUGAUACAAUCAAUCAUGGUCUUGACUCAUCUUGAUGAGGAUGCAUCUCAGUGGUUAGUACAGUGAUUUAAGGAAAAAAAAAAAAAGAAAAUAACCUGGAACUUGUAUUUAUAGAACCAAAAAUCAUGUGGAGUAUUUGAUUUGGAGCUUCUUCAGCAUACUGGAAUAAUGCUCUUUGUGAAUUGUCUCAACCUCUUCCAUGUAUGUAAAUGAAAGCAUUGUGUUUGGUAUCUUAAUGGAACUUUGCUUCUCUGGGUAUAAAGCAGUUUAAAGUGUUGGUGGUCAGAAUCAUGUUAGACCUGCAGUCCAGUCGGUGCUGAGAGGCUGCUGCCUUCCCUGUGCAAUGGACUAUAUACUUCAUAUAUAAAUAAAGGAAGAGAAAGGAAAA